AUGGGCAACACGGAGAAUAAAUCAAACGAAUCACCCGAGUCCACAAGAUCAUCAUCAUCAUCGCAACGAUCAUCAUUUUCAUCCUUAUCAGCACCUGAAGAUGAGGAACAAAUACAUGAAGAAGAACAGGAAGAAGUAGUAGAACAAGAACAAGAAAUCCUACUAAUACAAGGAAAUCAAGAAGAAGAAAAUGAAGAAGAAGAAGGCAGAAAUCCACAUCAUCAUCAUCAACAACAACAAGAUAAAGAUAAAGAAGAUAAAGUAGUGGUGGAUGAUGAUGAUGAUAAUAAAGAUGUGAUUGCUGUUCUCUUAUGCAAUCAAUGCAAAAGUCCCCUCUGCUCCGUUGAUGAUAUUCUCGCCCACCGUGCCAGUGAUGCGUGGAUGGCACAAGUCUACGCGUACGAGUUGGAUCUCUUCAACGACUGCGGCCCGCUGUGGUGUUACUCCGCCACAAACCCCGCCGCCCGGCGAUUUGACAUCAUCCGCUGCCAUCCGUCGACGGCGAUGUUCCUGCGGGGCCCGUGGUCGCGGGAGCACUCAUUCUUUCUGGGCCACGAGUGGUGCUACAGCAGCUGCGGCAUCUGCGGCCGCUUUCUCGGCUGGGGCUUCCGGCCGGUGCAGACCUCCGCCAGCAGCAGCGGCCCCCGCACACCGGGAAGUGUGGAGAGAGAGAGGAUGAGUGAAGAAGAGGAAGAGAAAGAGGAAAAGGAAGAGAAGAAAGGGGAGGAGGAAGAGGAAGAGGGAGAAGAAGAAGAACAGAGAGAAGAAGAGGAGGAAGAUGAUGAAGAAGAAGAGGGUGUGAUGAUUGCACCUGAGAGUAUUAUGUUUGUUGGGUUGAUUCUCACACAUUGUGUGGGAGAUGAGAAGUAUCCACGUAAUACGUACGAGAUGCUGCAAGGCUAUCGACAGGCCGCACAACAAAUGUCAGUGACAAAGGCUUAA